UCCAGGCUCAGCCGCUCGGACCGGAUCGGCCAUAUUUAAGAGCGCCCCCGUGUGAGCCUCCUCAAAACACGCGAUCCGCACGGUACGAACGCUGAGCACGCAGGGAAGGAAAAGGACGGAAGCUAUGGUGGUUACCGUUGAGAAGGACGCGAUGGCCGAGCCGGAGCUGCUGUUGGAGCGCAGCCGGGCGAUCACCCUUCAGGGCCGUGACAAGAGGGCCCGCGCCGUCGUCAGGAUCGUCGGUAACUACUUCCCAGCGCGCGCGCUGGGCGGGCGGGCGGAGGAGGUGCUGAGGGGUUUCCUGCGGAAGCGCGUGCUCCCGGAGAUCGGGGACCGGGAGUUCGUCAUCGCGUACAUGCACUCCCGCGUGGACCGCGGCGACAACUUCCCCGGCGUCGGCGCGAUCCGCGCGGCCUACGAGUCGCUGCCGCCCGAGGCCAAGGAGAGGCUGCGCGCCGUCUACUUCGUGCACCCCGGCAUCCAGUCCCGGCUCUUCUUCGCCACCUUCGGCCGCUUCCUCUUCAGCUCCGGGCUGUAUGAGAAGCUGAGGUACAUGAGCAGGCUCGAGUACGUGUGGGCGCACGUGCACAAGGGGGAGCUGGAGGUCCCGGAGAGCGUGCGCGAGCACGACGACGAGCUCGAGCGCCGCCCGCUGAUGGACUAUGGCAUCGAGGCCGCUGACCACCGCUGCAUGUUCGACGCCGCGUCCAUGGAUACCUCGGCGUCCCUGCACUCGCUCCGCUGCAUCUCCUAGCUGCCUGGACCCUGGCAUCUCGCUCCAGCCUCUUACGCCGGGGCGGCGUUGCUUCUAUGUUCUUGUAGUUGUAGUAGUAGCUUUCAAGGCCUCUUGCUCUUCCUUGGCAGAGGACUUCUCAGUACCGUAGUUAAAGAUGUGUAAAAUACUGAGUUAGUAGCGGUGUAAUAGAUAAAGUUCUAUAAGCUCAUACAAGCCAAUAAAAACUAAGUGAGAAAUUGUAGACUAGAUUUAGAUUUAUCUAGAUAUUAUAACAGGCUCAUCAGAUCAAUAUAAGACAA